CCACGCUUUCAAGAAAGGAGAAGCAUUGCUGCAAAGGGGUUCCAUAAUCUAAAGAUGUUAAGCUUAAAGUAUUUCUGUAGACUCCAAAGAAGCUUAGCACCAAUACUAAGCACACAUAUUGCAUCAAAACACACAGUAGAUUAUUCUCAACUGCCCAAAAUCAAUGAGUCUGAUUUAGCUGAACAGUUUGUAAGAGGCAGCGGUCCAGGUGGAUCAGCAGUGAAUAAAAAUGCUAACUGUGUUGUGCUUACACACAUCCCAACAGGUACAGUUAUAAAAUGCCACAUCAGUAGAUGCCAAGAUGACAACAGGAAGUUGGCACGAGAUAUGUUGAUAGCGAAAUUGGACGAAUUGCUCAAUGGCGAAAACAGUGUGGCAGCACAGAAAAAAAGAAUAGAUGAACAGAAACACAAGAAGACAGAAUAUAAAAAGAAGAAAAGAGCGCAACUUAAAGAAGAUUGGAAAAAGCGGGAAGGUUUAGCUUAGUGUUGUGUUUGAAUAGGUAGUCAUAUAGAUAAAUAUAUUUAGGAAAUUGUU